AUGUCCACUGCUGCUGAACAGAAGCUGACUCGGCGCGAGGAAUAUCUGUUUAAGGCUAAGCUCGCUGAGCAGACCGAGCGAUAUGAUGGUACGUUUUCUUAGAUGGAAUUUAUGCUUUUGCAGAUAUGGCCGUCUGGAUGCGUAAAAUCGUUGAACUCAACGAUGAAAGUUCUCCGGAACUCACUGUCGAAGAACGCAACUUGUUGUCCGUAGCAUACAAAAAUGUGAUUGGUGCUCGUCGGUCGUCUUGGCGCGUUGUGAGUGCCAUUGAACAGAAGGAAGAAAGCCGAGGGAAACAAGAGUGCUGCAAAAAUAUCAAGUAUGCCCGAGAGCAAGUCGAAAAGGAGCUGCGCGAAAUGGCUGCAGAGAUCCUUGAUCUACUGCAGACCAAAUUGAUUCCCCAUGCAAAGACAGCAGACUCUAUUGUGUUCUAUUAUAAGAUGUAAGUUUCUUGGUUGCUGAUAUUGUGUUUCAGGCAAGGCGACUACAACCGAUAUUUGGCCGAAAUCGCCACGGGUACCGCGCGUGAAGAGGUCGCGAAGCGGAGUUUAGAUGCUUAUUCCCAAGCCACUGAUAAAGCUACUACCGAGCUUCAGCCGACUCACCCCAUUCGUCUUGGUCUUGCGCUCAACUUCUCCGUGUUCCAUUAUGAGAUCAUGAACAGUCCGCAAAAGGCCUGCGAUAUUGCCAAACAUGCUUUUGAUGAUGCAAUUGCGGAACUUGAUACCCUUAAUGAGGAGAGCUACAAGGACUCGACUCUUAUUAUGCAGCUCCUCCGCGACAACCUGACUUUGUGGAAGUCCGACCUAGACACCGAUGGUAUGUCACCCCGUUUUACUGAUUGCUUUCAUUCUAGAACCCGAGAGGAACUCCCCGGAGGGUGACAAGCGAGAAUAGCCUAAGGAUUCCUGACGUGGCUGGUAAUACGAUUAUGCUUGCACCUCAAAUCUGCAGGGCACUUACCAUAUUUUCCUGCUUACUGCGCAUUUUGUCAGUUGAGCAGACAUCCCCACAACUGCUCACCGGUGAAUCAUGAGAUAAACUGGACAGUGUGUGUUGUCUUAAAGUUUCGUUCUGCCCCAGGUUGUCCCAUCAAAUGCCUCAUACUUUUCCUUCAGAACACUUCUCCCUACCUAUCAGCUUUGAUGUAACGUCUGACUUUCCAAUUACAUUAUCCCAACAAUCGACAUGUCUUAAAGAAUCGGGGUUUACUCACUCUGGGUGUCGGACGUCCCGGCUUGAGCACAGCACCUGA